AUGGACGGAAGCGUCGAGAUCCCCGACCGCCAUGGCCCGGAGCCCCAGUACGGCGAGCGGCUGAUCGUCAACAUCAUCGACGAAAGAGCUCGGAACGCGCCUGACAUGGAAUGGAUAUGGAUUCCCAGGACCUCGGACCCCAAGGACGGCUGGAAGCUCAUCACGUACGCGCAAGCCGCCAACGCCAUCAACCGCGUCGCCCACAAGCUCGUCUCCAUGCCAGGCCACCCCAAGCCAGGCGAGAUUCCCACCGUUGCCUUCAUCGCCCCCAACGACGUGCGCUAUGUCGUCUUUGCCCUGGGCGCCGUCAAGGCUGGUUACCAGGCCCUGUUCAUCUCGCCGCGCAACCCCCAAGAGGCCCAGCUGAACCUGUUCGAGUUGACCAACUGCAACACCAUUUGGCUCGACGCGAGCUACAAGACAACAGUCCAGCCAUGGCUGCAGGAACGCAACAUGAACGCCAUCACGACCUUUCCCGUCGAUGCGUGGUUCCCCGACGAGCAAGUCGAGCCGUUCCCGUACCACAAGACCUUCGAGGAGGCCGAAUGGGACCCGCUCCUUGUCCUCCACACCAGCGGAAGCACCGGGUUCCCCACACCCAUCGUGGUGAGGCAAGGCAUGAUGGCCGUUGGCGACAAGUAUCACAACCUCCCACCGAAGGGUGGUAGGCGAUUGUGGGUGGACGAGAUUUCACGGAGAUGUAGAAACAUGUUCCUCCCCAUGCCAAUGUUCCAUGCCGCCACCAUACUUACAAUCAUGGUAAUGGCCCACUACUGGGACAUGCCCAUCGUACUGGGCAUUCCCGGCCGCCCACUCUCUGCCGACAUGGUUCUCGGCUGUCUAGAGUAUUACGACGCAGACAUGACACUUCUACCUCCUGCUAUCCUGGAGGAGCUGAGCCAAUCUGACGAAGCCAUCGACGAGUUGAAGAAGCUCAUAUAUGUGGGGUUCGGCGGCGGCAACCUAAAUCGUGUAGCUGGCGAUAGAUUGGUCGAAAAAGGCGUGGCUUUGCUCAACAUGAUCGGCGCUACAGAGUUCUUCCCAUAUCCCAUUUAUCUGCAAGACGACCCAAAGCUCUGGCAGUAUUUCAUUAUCGACUCGGAUGUGUUUGGAUGCGAGUGGCGGAAAAGCGCGGACGAGGGCGCGUAUGAACAGGUGGUUGUGCGCAAAGGCAAGCACCCGGGAUACCAGGGCGUCUUCUUCACCUUUCCCGACCGGGACGAGUACAGCACCAAAGACCUGUUUCGGCCGCAUCCCACGCUGCCCGACCACUGGAUCUACUACGGCCGGUCCGACAGCAUCCUCGUCUUCUCCAACGGCGAGAAGCUGAACCCGGUCACCAUCGAGCAGACCGUCAUGGAACACCCCAAAGUCAAAGGGGCCAUCGUCUUAGGCAUGAACAGGUUCCAGGCCGCCCUCAUUCUCGAGCCAUUCGACCCGCUUCAAGACGAGCAGGAAGAGCAAGAUUUUAUCGAGAGCGUCUGGCCGUUGAUAGUGAAGGCGAACAAGGAGACCGUGGCCCACGGCCAGAUUGGCCGCCGAUUCGUAGCCGUCGCGCGCCCCGACAUACCCUUCCUGCGUGCCAGCAAAGGAACCAUCCAGCGGGCAAGCACCGUCCAAUUGUACAAGACCGAGAUUGACAAGAUCUAUGAACGCGCCGGGGAGCUGCCAACGACCGAGGCACCCAAGCUGAACCUCACCUCCAGGGUGGCCCUGACGCGGUCCAUCGAGGACAUGUUCGAAAAGCAUCUACAUGCGCCCAGACUGGAAGCGGAGACCGACUUCUUCAGCGUCGGCAUCGACUCCAUGCAAGUCAUCAACGCGUCUCAGCUCCUCCGCGCGGGGCUCGAGGCGGCGGGCAUCCACAUCGACGCUUCGGCAGUAGCGACGCGCGUUGUUUACGGCCACCCCACGGCGAAGCGGCUCGCUGAAUAUCUCUACUCGGUCGUUAAAAAGGGCGGCCACGACGCUCUGAGCAUCGACAUGAAGCAAGAAAGCCGCACCAUGGAAGCUCUGGUGGAGAAGUACACGAGAGAUCUGCGGCCAGGAUGCACGGACAAACCGGCCCCCGCAGACGAGAACCAGACGAUCAUCAUCACGGGCACCACGGGCGCUUUGGGGUCGUACAUGCUUGACCUUGCAUCUUCGAAUCCGAGAGUCAAAAAGAUCAUCUGCCUGAACCGUUCCGAAAACGCCAAGGAGCGCCAGUCCAAGGGGAACGAGGAGCGCGGCCUGAGCACCGACCUGUCCAAGGCCGAGUUCCUGCACGCCGACCUCUCGCAGCUCGAUCUCGGUCUCGGCAGAAACGUGUACGACAGGCUGCUUGGGGAAGUCGACCGGGUCAUCCACAACCAGUGGCCUGUCAACUUCAACAUGCCCGUCGAGUCAUUCGAGCCGCACAUCGGCGGUGUGCGCAACCUGGCCGACUUCAGCCGCAAGGCCGCGAAGCGGGUGCCCAUCAUCUUCGUGUCGUCGGUUGCCACGACCGAGGGCUGGAACCAGCCCGGCCCCGUGCCAGAGCGGCCCAUCCACGACUUUAGUCUGGCUGUUGGCGGCUACGGGCGCUCCAAGCUGGUCAGCAGCUUGAUCCUCGAGAAGGCGGCCGAAGUCUCAAAGGUGCCGACCGAGAUCGUGCGCGUCGGGCAGAUUGGCGGCCCGGUGAGCGAGAAGGGCUCCUGGAACCGUCACGAAUGGCUGCCGAGCCUGAUUGCCAGCUCGCUGUACCUGGGGCUGCUGCCCGACGGGCUGGGGCCGAUGAUGUCGACGGCUGACUGGACGCCGAUCGAGGGGAUCGCGAACCUGGUGCUCGAGGUGUCGGGCGUGGCGGACGAGGUGGCCAUCGACGACAUGCAGGGCUACUUCCACGGCGUCAACCCGGCCAAGGCGCAGUGGCAGGCGCUCGUGCCGGCCGUCAAGGAGUUCUACGGCGACCGCAUCAAGAAGAUCAUCCCGCUCGACCACUGGGUGGCGGCGCUCGAGCGCAGCCAGGCCAAGACGGAGGACAUCGGCAAGAACCCGGGGGUCAAGCUGCUCGACACGUACAAGGCCUGGUCGCAGGCUGCCAAGGAGAGCCAGGAGCACAUUGUGUUCGACAUGACGCGCACCAAGGAGCGCAGCAAGACGAUGCGCGAGAUGAAGGCUGUCACGCCGGAAUUGAUGACGAACUGGUGCAGGCAGUGGGAGUUCUAG